AUGCCACGGGUACUUUUUCCACAAGAAGCAAGAUACUUACACGAUUGGAAUGGACAACCAAUUUCCAAAUAUGCGCUUGAUAUACUUCAACCCGGUUGUAUUGUACGUUGUGUUAUAGCAAAUGAAUCAUCAAAAUCAUCGUCAUGGGAAGCAUUAUAUUUUGAAAUAAUUAAAUGUAAAGAUGGUACUUUUUGGGGUAAAACAUUAGAUACAUAUCGAUUUCAAGAUGCUAUUGGUUUACCUACAGAUAAGAUAACUACUUUUCGAAAAAAUCAUAUUAUGGAAAUACCCAUUUCAUGGCAACCACCAUAUAUUCGAAAACAUCUUAGUAGAUAUCUUGUUAAAUAG